GGACUGACACUACCGAACACACAUCAAUGAUAAAAUUUUUGUUCACCUGACGUACCAAAAUAUCGCAUUCUGUAAAAGCCAGAAAAAGCUACAGCCACACAUUUCCCUGAAAAUUUUGAGAACGGAAAAUGGAACUAGAAAAUCUGAAUCCAAAUGUUUACAAAAAAUCUGCAGAGCGUACAGUAACCACAUCAGAAGAAGAUGACAGUAUAGUCGAUCCAUUUGAUGAACGGGAAGUUUUUGAUUUGAUUCGUGCUAUCAACGAUCCCGAACAUCCAUUAUCACUUGAAGAGCUACAUGUGGUGCAACAGAAUCUAAUUACCGUAGACAAUGAACACAACGAAGUUAAAGUCAAUUUUACGCCAACAAUUCCCCACUGCAGCAUGGCCACAUUGAUUGGAUUGUCCAUACGAGUGAAACUAUUGCGAUCACUACCGCCAAGAUUCAAAGUUACCGUCGAAAUCACACCGGGCACCCAUUCAUCCGAACAUGCAGUGAACAAGCAGCUAGCUGACAAAGAGAGAGUCGCUGCUGCCUUAGAAAACAGCCACUUAAUCGAAGUGAUUAACCAAUGCAUUGCCGUUUAGUUUGUAGACUUUAAUGUUCACCAUUCCGGACAUUAAAAUUCUUUAAUUUACAAAAA